GGCCAACUUGGUGAAGUUUCUUCACAAAGGCGCCACGGGAGUGGCUCCGCGCAAUGUAUUGUCCUGCGAGUUAGUUGGCCGACAACCCUGAUUCCCCCCGCGUGGUGCCAUCCAUUCGGAUCCUACUGCCCCUGGCCAAGAUCGAUUAUGGAGCACGAGGCUGAGAUCCCCGAAGAGGGGAUGGUGGAUGGCCAGCCCCAGCGCAGGCGCAAGUUCACCAUCCAGAGUAGCUUUGGCCAAGCACGAGAGCGGCGCAGUCGCAAGAGCCGCCCGUGCGAUACCUGUCGGAAACGAAAGACGGCCUGUGUAAUCACUGAUAAACCACCAUGCGCCUUUUGCAAAAGCAGGAAUAUCAGCUGCAUAUCAUCGGGGUUAAUUCAAAAUGACACUUCUGAAACUUCUCUGGAUUCGCCCAUGGAAGCGUCACCGUCGCCCUUUUCGGCCACUACAGGGCCAACACCACCAAGCCAGCCCGCCCUGUCGCCAGGUGGCCUGAUGCGCCCACUGGCAACUACACCAAUUAAAUAUGAAAGCCCGUCCGUAUCAGGCAGUAUAGGGCCGCCAGACUCUCGAUCUUCGGUUGAUUCCCAAGGAAUCCCCCGAACAGUCUAUACACACACUCUUGGGACGACAGAGGGCAUGGGCGUCUGGCCGACGAAUGGCCCAGGACGCAUUCACACUCUUGAAGAUAACCUCAAUAAAACGGCCAACUUUAUGGGGGAUACUGCCGAACAGGAUACCUACAUCUUGGAUUCCUUUCGCUACAUGAUUGUUAGCGAGAAGGAUGAGAUUGACGCCGACUAUCUGCAGGUAUACCCUGGCAGCUCCAAACGAAACGACCCGCCAGUGCACUUUUUAUUAUUAGAGAACGAGGUUCCAGAACACACGUUACGACCAAAAUUGGAGUCAUCUGACGCAAUUGAGAGGACUGUGUACCCAUACAGUGCUAACUUGGUGCGUCUCUUCUUCAAGUACGUCCAUCCGGUCUACCCGGUUGUCUCCAAAGGACGCUUUUUGAGACUCUUCGCGACCAACAAAGAGAAGCUUCCAGCCUCACUCCGAGGCGCAGUUUACGCUCUUGCAUGCAUGUUCUGGAGUCGAGAUCCGACUCUCAAAGGACCAUGUCCCUUUGAACAGCAUGAAUUGCAAUCUCGUGCCCAGAUUUCUCUGACGGCUGAGUUUAACAAUACAAAUCUAGCCAAUCUUCAAUCAUGCCUAUUACUUCUUCAUAUGACACCCCCAUGGAUUGACACCGUGGAAUCACCAGUCAUGUGGGUGAUUGCGUCACAGGCGUUGGCAUGCGCACAGAUGAGCGGUCUACAUAAAGACUGUGAUGAUUGGAAUAUUGAGCCUUGGGAAAAGAAGUUAAGAAAGAGGCUCUGGUGGGCGGUAUAUGCUGCUGAUUGCUGGGCUUCCAUCUGCCACGGCAAUCCCCCGCACAUUAGCCCGACUUCUUUUUCAACAACCUCUUUGAAUAUAGACGACAUGCGCUUUGAUGAGGAUGUACCUGAGGAUCUGAAAGACUAUCUAGACCCCGCAGACACGGUGUUUGACGAGGCCUUGGGUGCUCGUUUCUUGGAGUAUAUUUACAUUACACGGGUGGUCCGAGAGGUUGUCGAUCUACGAUUCGAAGUCAAUACAGCAUAUGACGAGCAGGAAUGUCUAUCUGGAUUACAUAGAUGCCGCAGUCGACUCGUGGAUUGGACCACGCGUAUACCACCUUAUCUGGCUCCCAAAAGACAAGGGCCAUUACCAAUGACGCGGAAUAACUGUCCCCUACACCUUUCAUAUUAUGCUUCACAAGUGCUUCUAUUCCGAGCACUGAUGUUCCCCGCGUCGAAAGCGGCGCGCGCUGACCCCAAUUCCAACUUGUGGAGGUGGUUCAAUACGGCGAUUCACGAUAUGAAGAAGUUUGUUCAAUUUAUUGACGGCAUCACCGAAGGUGAUUUACAGAGCUUUUGGGGACGAUUCGCCCGUUCUCAGUUGAUCCUCUGUGGCAAUUUCCUUAUACACCUUUUCAUUGUUGCCUCGGAGCCACCUGAUAUCAAAGUUGCGCAUGACUUGCUCGUUAGCUUUCACGUAUCGCUGCAGAGGUUGACAUCCACCGAAUACUAUCUAGGUAAACUGCUGGUGCGACCAGUAGCACUCCGGGUCGACUCUUUCUUCCAACAGGCUGGUGAAAUCAUCCGACGCGGUGGCCACGGCUAUUGGCAGUUGUCAUCAUUGGCAGUAUUCCGUGAUAACCCGGUUGGGCCCCUAGAAGCCAUGAGUGAGGACUGAGACAUAAUGAGACUGCAAUCAGCUACACAACCAAGAAGAGAGGUACAAGUUCGAUUAUGUGGAAUAAAAUACAUUACAAACGCCAAGUCAACACCGCUCGUCGCCACAUCAUUAUUAUACAACCCUUUUACACGAAAUUUCAAAGUUCUAUCCGUUUCCAGGAUCGGGGAUCCUUCGGUUGGUCCGACUGAUGCGAAAGCGAGUCCUUGAUGAAGCGAUCAGCAGCAUCAAUGAUACGAAUGCUCUGCGCCACGCUAGGUGAUGGCGGUCCACCAAGCAGCUCUUGCCACUGCUGAAGAAGCUGUAUCAGAUGAUCACCUGCCGAGAAGACCUCUAGUCCGAUCAAGUUUCGCAGAGACGGAAUCUUGGACGCAGCCAGCAGAACAAGCAUAGCUCCCGCCAUAGACAGCGAACAAAUCCACGUGUCCAUGAGGACCGUGUGUGAGAAGCCGCGCAAGUUGAGAAUAUGCAUCAAGCAUGCAUCCAGACAUGCCCUACUGCUCUUCAGCAUUUCGGGGCUGGGAUUGGUCGGUGAGCCAACCUUGCCGUCUGGUGGGUGUCCGAGACCGCUGAGAAGCCACAUCAGAUAUGGCCGAUAUAUGACGCUUCGGCAAGUUAAAUAUCUCUGUCUCAAGAAUCCACUGGCGGCAUUUGUGGCAGGCGAUGUAUCAACGGUAAAGGCAAAUGAGGGCGGCAAAACCUCGCGCCAAUCUUCGAGUUGGUGGUGCAGCUCGGCAACAAUGGAGGGAAAUUGAGCCGAGUUCACGGCCGCACCGGUGUCCUUGGCAUAGAGCAAUUGGUGGACGCGAUUCAAGAGUCGCCGCAUACUGAUACAUGCGACAAAAUACAGCGAAGACUGCUCAUCCUCGGAGGUCGAAGCAUGGCUGUAGUAGGUGCGUGGCAGUGGAACGGAUGACUCGACUCGGGCGAUGCCAGAGACUGGGCAAGCAGAAAGCUCGGCAACAUAGUCGCUACAACACACGUUAUUAUACGUUUCGGUUUCAAAUAGAGUAUAGAAAUAGCUAGAGAAUAAACGUACCUUUCAAGGAUAUAGCAUGACC